CUCACGGACUUCCGGUGGCCAAGAUGGCGGCAGUGGCAGCCGUGGAGGUGCAGCAGCUGCAGCGUCGGCUCGACGCCUUGGAGGAGCGCGUCUUCGGGGCGCCCGCCGGGGCCGAGAGCGCCGCGGAUGCCCGCAAGAUAGCAGAUGGCUUGGUCAAAGUCCAGGUGGCCUUGGGGAACAUUGCAAGCAAAAGAGAGAGGGUUAAAAUUCUUUUCAAAAAAAUUGAAGAUAUCCUAAAAUAUUUGGAUCCUCAGUACAUUGAUCGAAUGGCUAUUCCAGAUGCUAUGAAACUGCAGUUCAUCUUGGCAGAAGAGCAGUCGAUCAUGGCUCAAGCAGCCCUGCUGGAGCAGGUGAACAGCCUGCAGCCCUACCUGGACAGUGCACACAUCAAAGCUGCUCCUGACCAUGCUGCUAAACUGCAGAGGCUUUCCCAGAUCCACAUUCAGCAGCAGGACCAGUGUGAAGCAGUGUCGGAGAAUGUCCGGUUGCUCCUAGAGGAUUACAACAAAAUGACGCUUCUCCUUUCUAAGCAGUUUGUCCAGUGGGAUGACAUGCUAACCCAGCUAGAAGCAGCCAAGCACCUGAAGCCUGCGUCCGAGUGAGGGCGGAGCGGUGACUAGGCCUGCUGGGGCCGCUCUGCCUCCUUGCCCCGUGUCUCUCGAGAUCGCAGCGGCCUUCCCGGGCCAACCAUGGGCCACAGGCGUCCCUGGGACUCAGCAGUGCCUGGCCUGGCCCUGACACGGCGGCAGUCGCCCUCCAUACUCUCCGUUCUUCCCAGACUUUAGCGGGAAGAACUCUGCAUCUAUCUUCGCCCCAGUCUUUAACGGUUCCCUUAAUUUAUUUUGGUUCCUCAUUCCGCCAGUGGGAGCACGUGAUCUCUCAGGCUGGUUACGGAUUCUCUGGAUCCUCAUAAAACCCUCAUGACCUCUAACAUUCCCGUGGCCGCCACCUGUUCCUCACAGAGAACAGCAUCUGUGCUCAGUUCAUUAACUGUACAAAUUACAUCCACUGUUCUGAAGCUGGUAAUUAUAUCAAAGCAUGUACUCACUUCUCCACACUACAACAAUAAAAGCAUCAUUAUGUUAGA